AUGACAGACCCCACUCCCCAGCAAAUGCACCUGAUAAACCAUUCAGACCUCCAGGCCUUCGUCGAAGCCAUCCUCCUCGGCAACGGCACCCCACCCGCCAACGCAGCCAUAGUGGCCCAAUGCCUGGUCGCCGCCGACCUGCGCGGCGUCGAUACCCACGGCAGCAACCGCAUCCCCUCCUACAUGGAGCGCAUCCGGCAGAACGCCCUCGACGCCCGCGCCCAGCCCACCCUGCGCCAAGUCACGCCCGUCGCGGCGCAGGUCGACGGACGCAAUGGGUUCGGCUUUGUGGCGGCGCACACAGCGAUGGACGCGGCGAUCCGCAUGGCCCGGGAGUUCGGGAUGGGGAUGGUUUCGGUGAAGCACUCGAAUCAUUUCGGGAUGAGUGCGUGGGUGGUGCGGCAGGCGCUGGACGCGGGCAUGAUGUCGUUGGUGUUUACGAAUUCGUCGCCGGCGCUGCCGGUCUGGGGUGGGCGGGAGAAGCUGAUGGGGGUGUCGCCGAUUGCGUGCGGUGCGCCGAGUGGGGAUCCGCGGAGGCCGUUUAUUCUGGAUAUGGCGCCGUCGGUGGCGGCGCGGGGGAAGAUCUAUAAGGCGUUGCGGCGGGGGGAGAAGAUCCCGGAGGACUGGGCGCUGGAUCAGGACGGGGCGAGGACCGAUGAUCCGGCGAGGGCGUUGGAGGGGGUGAUGUUGCCUAUGGGAGGGCCCAAGGGGUCUGCGUUGUCGAUCAUGAUGGAUGUGUUCUCGGGGGGUGUUCUCCGGGGCGGCGUUUGCGGGGCAUGUGACGAAUCCCCGGAUCUGUUUAUGAGUAUGGAGGAGUUUCAAGGUCGGAUGGAUUAUUUGUAUAAGAGGGUGGUGGAGUCGGAGAAGAUGGCCGGCGUGGAUCGCAUCUAUUUCCCCGGGGAGAUUGAGAUGAUUACGGAGGAACAGCGUCGGGAGAAAGGGAUUCCUUUUGCCGCGAGUGAGAUUGCAAGCUUGAACCAGGAAGCUGAUCGGGUGGGCAUUGCGCACUUGAAGGUGCAGAGCAGCAACUAG